AGCUCCUUCCAUUAGCCCUGGACGCCGGAAACCACAAAGGGCAGUCAAGUUUUGAUUUUCAAGGAGAAAGCCUCUGGUAAACUUUCGCUCAGCCGCCAGUAGAUCUGUUGGUUCCUGGGAGGAGCUCUUCUGAAACCUUGAAGAUUUCUGUGUUCAUGAAGACCCAGAGCGGUGGAUUACAGUAAUUGUAAAGCUUUUGAUGGCUUUGGAAGAUCACCCAGUGUUUGGUGUGCAUUCUCAUUUCCAGGCCACGAGACCGAAGAGAGGAACCCCUUUUGUUAUCUUUUGAAAUAAGAAGAUCAGAAGGGAAGAGAGGGUUUGAAGUGUGGAUUGGGGGGGGGGCGGGUCCUAAAUCUUUGCCUAUCACCUUCUCCUGGAUCAUUAUAAAAAGAUCGAGGAGUGCAAUGAACUUAGGGAAUCCUACAACGUUUUCUUAAAACUUGUUCUGAAACCUAGCUUCCGGACCCAGAAACUUCUCCAAAAGCUGACCAGCAGUGUCAGGCAGUCUGAAUGGACCAGGAUCUCCGCUUUGAAGAUUUUCAGUCUCAUCUUCUGCUGGGAGAUUCAUAUCUGGGGUGAUUGGUUUUCUCUUUGGCUAAUGAUGGAGAAACGUCCACAGGCCGGACUGCUGACCCUGCCGUAUCACCUGCGCCGGGUGCCCCUGGGCGUGCCGAGGUCCCUGCCCCGCCUCCCCCUGCGGGACUCCUUCAGAGUCUCCGUGAGUCUGGACCCCGCGAGCUGGGAGCCGGCGCUCAGCGGCGGCGGCGCCCCGAGGCGGCACUACCUGCCCCUCCGGCUGGACGGCGCCUUCGAGCCCGCCUUUCUCCGCAAGCGCAACGAGCGCGAGCGGCAGCGGGUGCGCUGCGUGAACGAGGGGUACGCGCGCCUCCGAGACCACCUGCCCCGCGAGCUGGCGGACAAGCGCCUCAGCAAAGUGGAGACUCUCCGCGCCGCCAUCGGCUACAUCAAGCAGCUCCAGGAGGUGCUGGAGCGCCACGCGCGGGGACAGGAGGGUGCGGCCGGUGCCGGCUCCUCGCGCAGGGCCGAGUGCAACAGCGACGGCGAGUCCAAGGCCUCAUCGGUGCCUUCGCCCAGCAGCGAGCCCGAGGACGGGGCCAGCUAGCGAGCGCCCGCCCGGCCCAGCCCGCUCCCGCGGCUCUGCGCGCAUUUGGCGUCUGCUCUAAGGUUCCCUCCGGAGGUAGUUUGCAUUUGCUAUCCCCCCCACCCCACCCCCUCCAGAAAUAAAUCUUAGGAAAUAGAAAUGAGUGCUCUAGGGGGAAAAAAGAUUUUGACAUUCUAUUUGUUUCCAUCCACACUCCACCACCACCCCUUGUUAUGUGCCUGCAACUUAAAGAUGCUAAUGAAACUCUUCCUGUAUCAAAUAAAAGCUGUACCAGGCUCAAGGGCUUCCUGAUGGAUCAACGGGUAAAGAAUGCGCCUGCAGUGCCGGAGAUGCCGGUUUGAUCCCUGGGUCCGGAAGAUCCCCUGGAGAAGGAAAAUGGCAACCCACUCCAGUAUUCUUGCCUGAAAAAUCCCAUGGACAGAGGAGCCUGGCAGAGGUAAUUAACAGUCCAUGGGGUCUCAAAGAGUCGGAUACGACUGACUGAGCGACUAUGCACGUACCAGACUCUGAACUGCUCAAAACGGUAAUUUGCCACAGUCAGCAGGGGUGGGUAAAUUAGGGAUGUAAAUACUGAAACAAAAUUCAACCAAAAACCAAAGAAGAACUUUCAGAACUAACUAAAUGACAGCCCUAAGAUGAGAGGAAAGGUUUUCCUGCCUUUGGGAACUGAUGAGAAAUGCAGUGACGCCGUGCUUUGGAUGAAGGUGAUCCUAGGCUGACACUGGAGAGCACGUUUGAAAGAGCCAGCCAGACCAGCCUGGGCUGUUGACUGAGCGUGUUGAACCUCGGUACUAGAAAAAAACAUUACAUAUUUGAAACAUCCUGUUUUACCAAAAAGUGGCCAUGUGAAUAACAACAUAUGUUAGCAUCAAUGAUCUUUUUGGAAGAGAACUCAGAUUUGUAUGAAAACUUAUUUCUCCAGUUGUUUUGUCCAUUUUCCUUUCAUCUCCCCUUGUUCUCACUCCACCUAACCUUCAGUUAAAGUAACACUGUGACUGUAAAAUAGAAAAGGGAAAAGGACCUGCUCCUUUCAACCAGGUUGAAGGGGAAGGAGGGAUGGAGGCUGGUGCAUUCUCAAACUUCUGUCACCUUGAGGGCUUUCAACCAAAUUGCAAUUGAAAGAAUUUGACAGUCUUUUAAAAA